AUGAAUUUAUUCCUUUUUCUUCUUGGAGUUCAAUCAUUAGGAAUAUUUUCUUCAGGCGACUAUCCUAACUGUCACGAAAUCAAAGCAAACAUCUUUAAUCAAACUAAAUUAUUCGAAAAUUGUUAUAUAAUCACAAAAUCCUCUUUCGAAAAUUGCAUUUCUGGCUCACAAAACAAUGGUGGUGCUAUUUACAUGUCCAAUCCAAUUAGAAUUCUCUUACUAGAUACUUCAAUUUUUAACCAAUGCACUGCUUUUGAUGCCAGAAAUGGAAGUGGUGGUGCUAUCUUUACAUCAUGCUCGAAAUUUCAGAUCUACCAAUGCAAAUGCGUCCAAUGUUACGCUGAUUGGGUUGGGCAAGCAAUUUUUGCUUCUACAAAUGGCGACAUUACAUUCAAUGAAUCAACCGUAUCAUACUGCGCACCAAAUAGAUUCUUUGGCGCAUUUUAUUCCGUUAAUUUGUUCUCAAAUUUCAUAGUUUCGAAAAAUGUUAAUUCAACAGAUAACAGAUUAAUGGAAUACGGCGCUAGUUUUCAUUUCCAAAACAGUCUAACUGUAAUUUCCUCUUACUUCAAUGUCGGUUUUAACUUAGGAAGAAGUAUAUUUUGCAUAACUACAACAGAAAACCAGAUAAAUGCAUUUAAUUACAUUAAUUUCUUUUCAAAUGAUGCAAAGACACCAGGAGUUAUCAUGUUUUCUGGACCUUCUGCUUUCGAAGAUUGCGUUUUUGUAAAUAACACAGGAACAUUGAUUUCUGUUAACUGGGAGUACUCAGGGUUAAUAACCCUUACUAGAUGUUCGUUUGAUAUACCACCUACACAAUCAGAAUUCAUAGAAACAAUUUCAUGCAAUAUCGAUCCAAAUCCAACUUUAAAUCCUAACAAGCGUAACCACUAG